AAUCCGGCCAUGUGUCCCCUAUGGGCUGUGCUGGCUCUGGGCUGGCUGCCCCUGAGCCUGGCAGUGGACCUGGAGCCUCAGCUGGCCAGCAUCGUGUUUGCCACAAACAACCCCACCUUGACCACCAUCGCCCUGGAGAAGCCUUUUUGUAUGUUCAAUGUCUCCAUCCCAAAGAACGUCUCCUAUGAGGUCAACCUGUACGUGAUGGUGAACUCUGGGAGCAUUCGACAUGCGGCUGUCAAGGACAACCGCAGCUUCCCAAUCAACAGCACAUUCCAGGAGACGGCGGGGGGUCAGAAAGCACCAUACAAGGCCACCUCCUUCAUCCUGCCCCCGUGUGGUGACCUGCCCAACCUGGACGAGGCUGGGGACGUGAACAAGGCUGCUGAGAUCUUGAGCGCCUACCUGGUCAGGGUUGGAGACGAUGGCUACUGCUUAGUGGACCCCAACUUUGAGGGUACCUGCAACCCCCCUCUCAUGAGGGCCACAGAAUACAGGUUUAAAUAUGUCUUGGUAAAUACAUCGAGUGGUUUUGUGGAGGAUCAAACCCUUUGGUCGCAGCCAAUUCGGACCAAUCAGAUUUCCACAUACUUGGAGAUUGACACGUGGCCGGGCAGAAGGAGCGGGGCCAUGAUCGUCAUCACCUCCAUCCUGAGCACACUGGUGUUCAUCCUGCUGCUGGGCUUUGUGGCAGCUGUCAUCUUCAGCUUUGUGAGUAUGGGAAGCUCAGACUUAGAGACACAGCAUGAAUCUCAAAUCAGCCAGGAGGUGGUUCCGAAAGCCCAGGGAACCUUAGAGCCUUCCUACUCUUCCGUGAACCGGAGGCAAUCUCUGGACCAAGCCGAGGUCUACACCAGCAAGCUCCAGGACUGAGAGAUCGACCAGUCAAACUCCUGGCACAGAGUGUGUGUGUGUGUAUGAGGAUGUAUAUGUGUGUAA